AGAACAAGAUGGAACUGCUCAUCUCACUCCUCUUUGUGUGCGCGCUGAUCUCCAAAGCAUUACCUGAUGGAUCUCCAAAUGGGAAGCAGUGCUUUACCUGUCAAGGAACUGACUGCACACAUACUUUGAAAUGUGUGGGAUCAGAAGAUCGCUGCGUUAAGGCUUCAAUGAUAGUUCAUGGGCAGACACUGACAGUGAAGGGAUGCGCAUCCCAAACCGUGUGUGCCGGGUGCCUUAAUGCUCAACUAGGAAACACUGUAGUGGACAUGAGCUGCUGCGAAGGAGACCUGUGCAACAACGCCCGGCGCAUCGGGCAGAGUGUCUUGCUCCUGCUGGUGUCUGUGGCCUCCAUCAUCCUCUUCCACUGAAAAGUGCUUCUGCCCCCUUGCAGCAAUCCAGCAGCACACUCUCCUCCUCAGCUAUUCUCGCUGACCCCGCUGACCGCACCGUCCUCUCUGACCCAACGCGCUGACCGCACCGUCCUCUCCAACCCAACUCUCUGGCCCCACUCCCCUUUGUAACCUACUCUCAUCUGACACCCCUCUUCCACCCCACAUCUCAGCUGUCCACUCCGACCUCAUUCACCACUCUAACCCCAUUCUUCCCGCCAAUCCUGCGUGUCUGUCUCCUAUGUGUGUAUAAGCAGGCUGUCAUUUUCAAACUCAGGACCACAUCCUCCUACUCACCAUGUGCUACAUUUGCGCUCUCCAGAGAAGGGGACCGUUAACUGCAAUUUCAGAAAAUAAUUCAAAGAAUUUUUAUUUUUUCCAAGAGGUUAAUUUGUGAAACUAUAAUUUGUAAAGUAUAUUAUUAUUUAACAUUUUUGCAGAAUGACCUCUUUAGACAGAAACUUUUCAUGUGAAUUUAGCUGUUUUUUGAAACAGAUUCAUGAUGGUUUGGUUCCUUCAUCAGUCCAGGCAUAUGAUUAAA